AACAUUUAAAUAAUGAUGACGAACAAGGCUCGAAGGUUCUAUUGCAAAAAAAAGACCAUAUUCAACCGUCAGAAUUACAUGAUGACUAUAAAAUGAUUGAGCCUUGGAAAUAUUCACUUGAUGAUAUGGGAUGGAUAUUAUUUGGUUGUCUGCAACAUUCAGUUUAUCUCGACAAAGAAAAGAAGCGGUAUCCAAUUGUUUGGCGAUUAUUAGAUUUUCACUUUGAUUUAUUGAGUAUUCUCAUCGAUGUGAAGAAAUAUUCACUUAUAAAAUACAUAUUAUUUAGCAAAAGUAAAGAUGCUGAUGAUGUCAAUAAUCCCGAAAAAGAGCAUAUUCUUAAAAUCCUUGAUUGUAUAUCAUCCGAACUUGAAAUCGGGUUUAAAUUCUUUGAUUGUAUAGCAUACAAACUUGAAAUUGAUAAGCUUGAAAUCGAAAACCAAUUUUCACAAGAUAUCAAGUCAGUUUGUGAUAGUUUAUUGUAUAAGAAAUUACUCCACAUACCACAGUAUAAAUCGUGA